AUGCAUUUCAUUCCCUCAAAAUCGUUCCAUUCAUCCCCCUGUUUUUUUUUUCAUUCCAUUCCUUUUUCACCCUUCAUUAACAACCACCACCCACCCACCACCACCGUCAUCCGCCGUCGUCACCCACCUCCACCUCCGCCACCUCCCGCCACCACCCACCUCCGUCCCUGCCACCGCCAUCGCCGCCACCCACUGUCGUCGCUGCCACCUCCAAUCACCGCCACCAGCCACCUUCGAUCAUCGCCGCUGCCACCUUCGUCGUCGCCACCAACCUCGCCACCGCUAUCUACCGCCACCACCUACCGCAACCGCCGCUACCACCUGCGAUCACCGUCACCGCCGUUACCACCUCCAACCACUGCCGCCACCCACCACCGUUGCCACCCACCACCACCACUGUUGUCACCACCUGCCGCCAUCCCCACCCACCACCACUGCCAACCGCCACUACUACAAUGGACACCUAUCACCACCCACCAUCACCGCCCAUCAUUGACCACUGCCAUCCAAUUUUAUUCCUUCGUCUGUUCUCGCAUACCAAACAACAAAAAGUAA